AUGUCUUCCCAUGAUGGUAGCACGCUGCCCUUAAACGUCACCAUGGUUGCUGUAGACAAAGACAAGAACAGUGGCCAUGCCUUCCGUUGGACAACUAAUCAUUUUGAUAACUCAAUCAUCAUCGCCGUCCAUGUCAAGCACAAAAACAAUAUUAUUCCUCAUCAGGGCACCAAUGUUUUUCCUCCGGACGAAGACGACAUGGACAAUGUUUUCAAUCCCUUACGUCAAAUGUGUCGUCAUAAAGUUGUUAUGUUGAAAGAAGCUGUAAUCGAUGAUAAUGAUGUUGUCAGAGGAAUUUUGGAAUAUGCACAUAGGAAUCACAUUCAUACUAUCGUUGUUGGUGCACCCUCCUCGACCAAGAACACUUUGGCAAGAAAAUUUAAAGGCAAUAAUGUGGCUACAGCCAUAAUCAAAUCAGCCCCAGAAUACAGUUCAGUGUACGUAAUUUCAAAAGAGAAGAUAGUGGGAACUCGACCAGCACUACGACCAAGGGUAAACGGGGUUGGACCACCAAAACAACUAACAGGACAUGCACCUAGUGAAUUGGAAAAUGGAGUGAGGUCACAAACACUUAGAGUAGGGGUCACCAGUGGAAGAUCAGAAAGAUCACAUCUACAUGAGAAGUCAAGAACUUCUUCAUCAAGUCAGUCAAUGGAUAGUUUUGAUCUCUCCAACCGUGGACAGAGGUCAUCAUAUGGCCAUGACUCAAGCUCGGAUGAAAGUGAUUCUUCAGGGUUUGCAUCAGAUUCUCAAUCUUCAGUAAGUGGAGAGAUAGAAGCUGAGAUGAAAAGAUUGAAGCUCCAACUGAAGCGAACUAUGAACAUGUACAACUCAGCUUGCAAAGAAGCAAUCUCAGCCCAAAACAAGGCUAAGGAGAUUAAUCAAUGGAAACUGGAGGAGGCACGUAAGGUUGAGGAAGCUAAGAUGUCUAAAGAAGCAGCUCUUGCAUUGGCAAAAAAGGAGAAGGCUAAAGCAAAAGCUGCCUUAGAAGCAGCUGAGGAAGCUAUGAAGAUGGCUGAAAAGGAAGCACAGAGAAGAUUGCAUGCAGAGAUGAAGGCCAAGAGAGAGGCAGAAGAGAAGGAUAGGGCAUUAACUGCGUUGGCUCAAAAUGAUAAACGAUAUAGAAAAUACACCAUAGAGGAAAUUGAACAUGCCACUCAAAAGUUCUCCCCAUCAAAGAAAAUAGGUGAAGGUGGAUAUGGACCUGUGUUUAAAGCCCAACUUGAUCACACCCCAGUCGCAAUCAAAAUUUUAAACCCUGAUGCUUCCCAGGGCAGGGAGCAGUUCCAACAAGAGGUUGAGGUAUUAUGCAGCAUUAGGCAUCCUAAUAUGGUUCUCCUCCUUGGUGCAUGUCCUGAGUAUGGAUGCUUGGUGUAUGAAUACAUGGAGAAUGGUAGCUUAGAAGACAGAUUGCUUCGGAAACAUAACAGCCCUCCUAUUCCAUGGAGGAAACGUUUCGAAAUAGCUGCUGAGAUUGCAACUUCACUCCUUUUUCUUCACCAAGCAAAGCCAGAACCCCUUGUGCACAGGGACCUUAAACCAGCCAACAUUCUCUUGGACAAAAAUUUUGUCAGUAAAAUAAGUGAUGUUGGUCUUGCAAGACUAGUUCCACCUUCUGUAGCAGAUUCUGUCACACAAUAUCACAUGACUUCAGCUGCUGGAACCUUUUGUUACAUUGAUCCUCAGUAUCAACAAACAGGAAUGUUAACAACCAAAUCAGAUAUAUAUUCUUUGGGGAUAACGCUAAUGCAGAUAAUCACAGCCAAGCCUCCUAUGGGGCUUGCUCACCAAGUCAAAAGGGCAAUUGAAAAAGGAACAUUUUCUAAUAUGCUUGAUCCUGGGGUGACUGAUUGGCCAGUUGAAGAGGCCGUAGCAUUUGCCAAACUCUCAGUGAGCUGUGCAGAACUCAGCAAGAAGGAUAGGCCAGAUCUUGCAUCAGUAAUAGUGCCAGAGCUUAAUCGUUUAAGAGACUUUGGGUACAGAUUACAUAAUAAUCAGAAUUGUAGCCACUCACCACGCCCUCCUACGCCUACACGAGGUCCACAUUCAAAGACAUAA